AUUGUACUAUCAAAAAUCAGUCCUUGUAAUAGAAAAAAGCAAUUAUAUUGCGUGGAUAUUGCUCGUUCAAAAUGACUUCCGUCGUGAGGGCUGGACACUUGGCUCCAUAUUUCAAAGCAUCAGCUCCAGUAGUAUCUAACGGGCUCAAAUUAGUGGCGGCGGUGCCAACACCCGUCGAUAAGUUGGUAGCUAGUCCUCUGCCGAUCACAUCGACUGUUCAGUCUCUACACGGUGCUUUGCCUGUUCAAGGGUUAAAGCCAAAAUGUAGCACACGUGCUCCUUUCCAAGUGCGAUUUGCGCACAGUGAUAUUGCAGUGCCUGAUUUCUCGGCGUAUCGCCGUAAAGAGACCCAAGACCCCAGGACAAAAGCUGAGGAAAAUGUUGAUCAGCGCCAAUCCUUCACUUACCUUAUUGCUGGAGUGGGCAGCAUGGCAGGAGCAUAUGCUGCUAAGUCGGUUGUCACACAGUUUGUCUCUUCCAUGUCUGCUGCUGCUGAUGUGUUAGCUUUAGCUAAGAUUGAGAUCAACCUGGCUGAGAUUCCAGAGGGUAAAUCUGUCACCUUCAAGUGGAGAGGCAAACCACUGUUCAUCAGACACAGGACAGCAGACGAGAUCGCCACAGAGAAGGCCGUGCCCAUAGAGACCCUGCGCGACCCCCAGUCGGACGAGCAGCGCACGCAGGACCCCAAGUGGCUGGUCAUCAUCGGCGUGUGCACGCACCUGGGCUGCGUGCCCGUCGCCAACGCGGGCGACUUCGGCGGCUACUACUGCCCCUGCCACGGGUCACAUUACGACGCGUCCGGACGUAUUAGGAAAGGCCCCGCCCCCCUCAAUCUCGAGGUCCCGCCCCAUGUCUUCAACGAGGGCCUCCUCAUCGUCGGUUAGGUGUUAAUACGAUUAUUUAUUAAGCAUCAACGUUUAACUUAUAGUGAUCAUUAAAUAAAUGUGAUUCGACAUUGUU